AUGACAAGGAAAUUCUGGGAAAUCGGAGGCAAGGAUGCGAGUGAAAUUGGAGAUUUGGCACUCGGUAUUUGCGGGGUUGAAGUGGUUCCGAGAGCAUCACCAAUACGAUCCACUGCGCAAAAGGAGAUCCGAAGGGCACCUGUCUACAAGCCGGCUAAUGCAGCUCCACGUGCGCAUGGAUUCAAAAGAACUUCAACUGGGGUCAGAAGAGCUCCACACACUUCCGCCUCAUCCCCAAAACCUCAGAAACCGAAGCCAAUCCGAGCACCGCUGUCGGUGCCUGCCAUUCCACUUCCAUCAAUGUUGCCAAUGAAUAUGCCACUCGUCACCUUCCCACCGAUGAUGUCCAUGCCGACUCUUCCCACAUUUGCAACAAUUCCCAUGCCUACUUUACCUGGACUUACAAUGCCUCCUUCCUUUCAACGUCUGAUGGGUAUCACUACACCCUCACCACGCAAAUCGAAGCACGAAAAACAUCAACACGAAAAGAGGGAACGCGACCGUGAAGAAGAGUACCAACCAAGACAACCUAUUCAGAGCAUGGAAGAGAGCCAUGAAAGCGACCAGUCACAAAGGCUCUCGCCCGUCUCAUCUCGACUGCCCAAGUUCGUCAAUUCCAGAAAAGUACCAGUGAUUGCACCGGAGACGAAUGCCGACUGGAUUGUACCAUUUUAA